UUCUUACAGCUUUCACGUUGACUGAUACAGCAGAGUGGCAGCUGCUGCCCUACAGUUCCCGACAUGCCUUUCGGCGUGAACCCCUGCCGACAGUCGCCUGACGAAUGAUGAAUGAAUCGAUCUGACACUGAACACCGAGUUGUUUUUUUCAAACGGGAGAAGCUCAACACCGUUUUUAAUAUCACGACAGGUUAUUGGUACAUCAUCUUCAUCAUCUUCAUCAUCGUCAGUGGGUUCACCAGGGAGUGUCAGUGAUCAUUCAACUCAGCAGCACAGCCAUGAGGAAUCUUUGGACAAAGGCCGGUGUUUUAGGUUCAGUGUCCGUAGCUUUUGGCUCAAUGCUGUGGUCCCAGAAAAGCACAGACUCCGACCAUGUUGCCUCCAGUUGCACGGCUACUGACGCAAAUCCCAGUUCUCCCUACGAACUAAAACUGGUCCAAGUCCUGUUCCGACACGGUGCUCGAACCCCGUUAAAGUCGAUACCUAAUGUGAUGGAGGUCCAGUGGGUGCCAACGCUCUUGGAGCCUCCAGCUCACACCCACAUCAACUACGUGGUGACGGAUCUUCACGGUGGCCCCCGGCCCUCGGCGCCUGUAGAAGACAGCUAUCGGAAAAACCUACUGACUGGUGGCACGUUCCCCGGCCAGCUGACCACGGUGGGCAUGCAGCAGCUGUACGAGCUUGGCACGAGGCUGAGGAGGAAGUACAUCGAGGAGACUCCCUUCCUCGGCUCCACUUUUAGUCUGGCUGAGGUCUAUGUGCGCUCCACUAACAUUGUGAGGACCAUUGAAUCUGCCAAGUGCCUGGUUGCAGGGCUCUUUCAGCAAAAACAAAAAGAAAUUGUUCACAUAUUAACAACGGAGGCCGAAUCUGAAAUCCUGUACCCGAACUAUCACGGAUGCAAACUGCUCAAACUCCUCGGCAGCCACCGCUGGGCAGAGUCAUCCACUCUGCCAGACAUCGCAGUAGACCUGCAGAGCAUCCAGAGCGCGCUGGGCAUCGCCGCUCACCAGCACGUCGACUUCAUCCUCAUUAGGGACGACAUGGUUGCCAGAGAGACACACGGCCUCCCCUGUCCGCCGGGGCUGGACACCUGGAGGAACAAAGUGGAGCAGAGAGCUGUGGAUAUGAUCUGCCAUGUCUAUGAACCCAGCAAGAGGGAGAACUUGCAGCUGUGCGUGGGACCACUCCUCCACACAUUGUUAUCCAACCUGGACGAGAAAGUGCAGGGCACCUCAUCGGAGCCAAACAGGAAGCUGUUUUUGUACUCUGCACAUGACACCACGUUGAUCCCCUGUCUGAUGGCUCUGGGGGUUUUUGACAUGAAAUGGCCACCGUAUGCGGCUGAUAUCACCCUGGAGCUGCACCAGCACCGACAGACCAAUGAGGCCUUUGUCAAAGUGUCAUACAUAGACCAGGAUCUACUUAUUCCAGGUUGCAGUGGAGUCUACUGCCCCCUGCAGGAGUUUAAGGAGGCCCUCUCGGCGUUCUCAAUGAGCUCAGAACUCUACCAGUCACUUUGUAACAGCACAGGAAGCUUAACCGAGCCCUGAACCCACGACACGCCGUCGCGUCUGGACACAGCUCCUCAUGACACAUAACUCCGACACCCGCAUCAUGUAGUUUUUUUUUCACGUCCUCAGUUUACAUUCCAUUAUCAUUAUACCUCACUGUAGAAAGUCCUGGAUUACAGCCUCGUUCCAGCAUAUUACAAUUAUCUGAUAUCACAUGCUUAGCACAUCAGUGUUUGUUGGCUUUGUGAUAAAGGGUGGUGUUAUUCCUUGUGUUCCUUAUUGUCAACACAUCCCAAAAAACUACAAUGAAACCAUGGUUGUCUAAAAUGAUCAAAAUCAGAUCAAAAAUAAGGAUUCUGUGCUGGAUGAGACCUUUUCCUAAGUUAUGUUGUUCUCACUUAACCCCUUGAGUGAGAAGCUGUUUCUGACAGGAAUAGCUCCUGUAGUUAACUUGAAUAUACGUAUAUAUUCUGGUCUCAAUGUGCCCCAAUAUUUGCAGGUUAAAUUAAAGUUUUCUGACUCAGUCGAAAGCUCAACAUGAAACACGAGUGAAGCACAACAGCAUGAAGCCGAACCAACUAUGCAGGGACAGAUGCGCUGUAGAAAUUACACUGCCACAUUAUUUUAUGUUUACAUUUGGCAAAUUCAAACUGGCUCCUCACGGCAAAUAUUGAUAUAUGCGAUUUAGAUUAAUCACAAAAAUUGGAAGUGCUAUAAAAACAGAUCACAAACACAUGGUUUAAUUUUUAAAAAGUCUUAGUGAAUGGUUCUCGGACAUGGGGAGUACAGUGUGCUUCGGUUUGUUGUAUAAAGGAACAUAUCCUCUGAAAUGGUGUAACUCCUGCAUCUUAAGUUAUCGGACAAUGAAGGCAUUUGGCACACGAAUAAACUGAAUCAACACAUUCUUGCUCAUAGGAUCAACUGGAAAUGGGGCUCUUUUGGGGAUUUGUUGACAAGAAAAAUACUGAAUAUUAUCUGCCUUUUUCUUCAAAGUUUAAACCUUUACUGCACUUUAGUCUUAACAGCAAUAAUCUUUAAGGUUGAAUUCAUGCGGCAUCAUUAUAUCCGAUUGUUAAUGCUGUCAUUGUUCAUUUAAUUCUUUCAUAUCCAGUCAUUCCUUGGGGUAAUUCCAAACAUUUCAUGUACUCUAUCUGAAGUGUAUGAAGAGUAUAAAGUGGAUUGUACAUUAGUGUAGAGAUGGACUUCUCCAUAACCAUGUAAAACCUGCAGAAAGGGAAUUAUUCUGUAUGUUGAAGACUAAGUUGCCUUUUUGUGGGGAUUUGCUGGUAGUAACAGACACAGUAUAAUGUAUGAACACAUGCCCAUUCCAUACGUUUUUCUGUGUUACAAUAACAUGUAUAAUACCUCAUCAGUGGGAGUUUCCAAUGACCAGCGGCAUAACAUGUAGUUUGAUUUGGAUUUGGGAGGAAUAAAUAAAGAAUUUAAAUCA